GUACAUAACCGGGUAUUCGGUACUUUACCUUUCAAUUGUAAAAAGUACUCAGUAUUUCAAGCAGAAAAUGCCAAUAACUGGUGGAAUUGCUGCACCGAAGAUUAUACCUUUAAAAGCAGAAGAUAGAGAAGGUCCACAAGGUUGUAUUGAUACACAAACCUUCAUUGAAAUUGUUUCAGAAACACCGAAUGCACGACUGUAUUUCACAACAAAUGGAAGUAAUCCAAAUCCAUGGAAAAGGAAAAUAGCUGGUCGUGAAGUGACAUUUGUCUAUAAAGCACCAUUUGCCCUCCGUUCAGGUAGAAGAGUUGUUAAAGCCAUGGCUGUUCACAGUAUAACAAAUGUUGAAAGUCAUACUGUUACACGAAAAUUCAACGUACUGGAGGCUAGUACAGAGUAUAAACAACAAAAGUUGAACAAGCAGUCUAAUGUAGAUGGUGAGGAGGAUAAUACAAGUGAUGUCAUAGAUAUGCUUGACAAUUAUGAUGUCAAUAAUGAUGAUGAUGAUGAUGAAGAUUACAAUGAUGGUAAUGUUUAUAGUCCAGCAGUUAUACGAAGGCGUAACGAUGAAUUCACUGAUGAUGUAAUCGAAAAUUUUAUGCGCAGAAAUGCAGAUCAAGGUUUUGCUGCUACAAAUCAUUCAGGUACACAAAUCAACCUUUGGGGACAAAUGCCAGGUUUAAAUUGGGAUGUACGUACACCGAAUUCAGCCAAUAUUUCUGGUUCAUAUCCAUUAUUGAACAAUAAUAGUUUACCAUUUUGGUCAUCACAACUAACAAAUAUGGAGAAUUUUGUAAGUCCACAACAACUGAGUACAAUAGCCAAUCAUUUAACUCAAUGUAUAGAUCAAACACGUCAUAUGACAGUGGCAGAAGUUCGUGACCUUGUACAACAAUUGACAGACAAAUUUACUGCAAAACACAAUGAUGUCAUCAAUUUACAAAGUCAACCAUUGUUGGCUAUUAGUCAAGGAAUGGGCAAUGUGAAUGAGCAAGUAGAACAUGUAAAAGGACAUUUGAUUGAAUAUACCAAGAAGGAUAUACAGUUUGCCAAAAUUCUAUCUCAAGCUAAAAUGGGCAGUGUGAUUUCUGCUGAUUUUGAUGAGAAUGAAGACAGUUUCUUAUUAACCAUCCAACUUGAUAAACCAAUUAAAGCUAGGCGUCUUUCUAAAACUCCUCACGGCUCUAUUGAGAAACCAAGUCAAAAUCAACUAAAAGUAUCCCCGAAAAUAGUCACACCUACCAAACCAAACUCUUCUAACAAUGAAAGUAUCACCAAUUCACCUGAAAAGACAAGUCAAGCGGAUAGUAUUUCUGAAGAAAGCAAACCAGAGCCGAAAGAUAUGUCCUCUCAUGAUCGUUACCGUGAAGUUGAAGAGUAUCCGCUAGAAGCAACUUUAAAACCAUCAGCUAAUUUUGAUGUUGAUAAAGAUUGUGAAGGUCUACAUCAAGCUAUGGCUGGAAUGCAUACUAAUGAAAAAGUGAUCAUUUCAAUUAUGGGUCAUAGAUCAUCUGAUCAACGAGUAACUAUAGUACAAACAUAUAAAUCAACAUUUGGUAAAGAUUUGACUUCGAAAUUUAAAUCUGAAUUGAGUGGUAACUUCUAUGAUUGUAUAGAAGCGUUGUGUUAUUCUCCAGUUGAAUUUGAUGCUCGUGAACUCCGUCGAUCUGUAAAAGGUGCUGGUACUGAUGAAGAUGCCUUGAUUGAAAUUUUAUGCUCUCGAACAAAUGCACAAAUAAAACAGAUCAAAGAGACUUAUGCUAAAAUAUUCCCUAAUCGUGAUCUGGAAAAUGAUGUAAAAAAUGAUACAUCACGUCACUUCAAACGUGUAUGUGUUGCUCUUUUACAAGCUAACAGAGAUGAAUCAAAACAAGUGGAUACAGAACUUGCUCGAAGAGAUGCAGAGAGUUUAUAUAGAGCAGGUGAACAAAAAUUGGGAACUGAUGAAUCUAAAUUUAUUCAAGUAUUGGUUUCACGAUCAUUUGCUCAUUUACGUUUGGUAUUUGAAGAAUAUUCAACAAUUGGUAAAAAAAAUAUUGAAGAUACAUUAAAAGCAGAAAUGCAUGGUGAUACACUUCAUUCAUUCUUGUCUAUUGUUUCUUGUAUCCAAAAUAAACCAAAAUACUUUGCUGAGAAAUUAUUAAAAUCUAUGAAACGCUUGGGAACUAACAACAGAACACUAAUUAGAAUAAUUGUAUCACGUUGUGAAAUCGAUUUGGGUAUAAUCAAGAAAGAAUUCCUUAGUUUGACUGGCAAAACACUGGAGUCUUAUAUAAGUGAUGAAACAAGUGGUGAUUUCCGUUCAAUUCUGUUGGCAUUAGUUGGAGCCUAAAUGUUUCAUUCACACUCUAAUCUAUUGCAUACAAAUAAUAAGAGACGCACAAAAUGACACUUUUUUCUAAUCUGUGAUAAUCUUCUAUUAUACAUAUCUAUAGAUUUCAUUCCUAUUUAUCAUAAAAGUGUGAUUUUUGUCAA